UUUGUUGCGAGAAGAACGAAAACAAAGAUUUCUCUUAUGGACAUACAUACAUGCAUGUGUGUGUGUAUCUUUGUAUUCAUUUCUAACCUAUAAUGAGAAAUUUUGUUUUGGAAGAAACUCCACGUAAGGAGAGAGACGGAAAUGAUGACGAGGACAAGUGUUUUGUACUCGGUACUCAGAAUAAUUGCUCUCGCAAGAUUGUAGAUUUGCGACAAUUGUUAAACGAUAAAUUCAACAAAAAUGAAAUAUUCUGUAGCUUUGAGAUUGUUUCCCAGAGGAAGCCCGCUAUAUUUUAUCAAAGACUACUCGCAGACAUGGAUAAAUAUUUACCGCUUUUUUACUCAUUAACGUGGCAUGACAAAGCAGUUUCGAACGACGAUUAUUUGCCUUUAAAUGUGGCAAAAAGCUUAUCAUCGAACACGCUCUUGCAUCUAACCGCCAAGGGCUUCAAACGCAACCAAAUUAUUCAAAUCUUAAGGAAGGCCCUCGAUCUUGGUAUUAUUAAUAUAUUUGCACUGCGGGGAGAUUCGUUAUCCAAAGACGGUGACUUCAAUUACGCCGCAGAUUUAGUUGCAUUCAUCAGAGAUCAAUUUGGCGACACGUUUUGCAUAUUUGUCGCGGGAUAUCCACAAACGCACCCAAACUCGCCUUCGAAGGAACGCGAUUUGUAUUAUUUAAAACUAAAAGUAGAGACGGGAGCGGAUUUUAUCAUCACGCAAAUAUGUUUCGAGUCUCAAAUUUUUGUGGAUUUCGUGAGAGAUUGCCGGAGAAUUGGAAUUGAAAUUCCAAUCGUUGCUGGAAUUUUCACGCCACCGAGUUACGAUUGCUUAGAGAAAAUGACGUACGUUUGCAAGCUCGACGUUCCGAUCGAAAUAAAAGCUAAUGUGGCGCAAAUAAAGAACGACGAUGAGGCGGUGAGAAAAUAUGCAACCGAUUUAACGGUGCGAUUCAUUACGGAUGUUAUCAGAAGCAAAACUACGUGUGGUUUUCAUCUGAUUGCGCUGAACAGAUUAUCACAAGUGGCGGAUGUAUGCAAACAUAUAGAAUUUCUCAAAAUGGGAUCCAAGGACGCUUAAUUUUUGCUGUGAUGUAUUAUUGUUACAAUAUUACAUAUACAUGUUAUAUUAUAUAUUGCAAUAAAAAUUU